CUCUCUCUCUCCUCUCACCUCUUUCGUUAUUUCGAAUUUUUUCUUUUUCAUUGGAAGCGAUAUCUGGAAGCUCUGGAUCUAGGGUUUCCCCAAAUCGAUUUUGGUAUUUUUUUUUUACUCAGUCGAGGGUUUUUCUAGGGUUUCGAUUUAGCUUUUUCCCCAAUUGCCGUUGAGGAAGACAAUCUCCUCGGUGAAUUUGAUUUUGAUUUUGACCUGAGGGAGAAGGAAGAAGCUUAGACCAAUUCGAUUCUCAGUUUUGUAAAUUGAUGGGUAAGGCGCGGAAACACUCUAGAGGGAGAUCAUCAGGCUUUGUUCCUGAUUACAUGCAAGCUGUUGAGACCAUUGAGCCUGAUGAAUUUGUUUACUCAGGGAGGAUUGAUUCUGUGAUGAAACAUUCUGAGGCCUCUCCUCCACUGAAAAGGAGACGUUUUGGUUUGAAUGGAGAUAGCAAUGGCGUUUCUAAAGAGGUUUUGUCGUUGUCAAAGAUGUCGAGGUCUGAGAGAAAGAAUUUAGUUCACAAGUUGAAGAUGGAGCUUCAACAGGUCAGGGACCUUAGUAAGAAGAUUGCAUCUUUCAGUUCAGAUGCUGUUCUGUUGUCGCCAUACAAUGAUAUUCAUAGCUGCAGUGAUGGGCCUAGGAGGCCGCCACCAGAAAACUUUGCUAAAUUUGUUGGGUCACAGGGCAAAAAGCGUCCUCCUGUGCGCAAUGAUAAGCACCGGACUAAGAAAGGUCCAUCUCGAUUAAAUGUACCAACAAUUUCUACUGUUGCUUCAGUGAUGAAGGAGUGUGAGACGUUACUCAAUCGUCUAUGGUCACAUAAGUUGGGGUGGGCAUUUCGUACUCCAGUUGAUCCAGUGAUGUUGAAUAUUCCAGACUAUUUUACUGUGAUUAAGCACCCAAUGGAUCUUGGAACGAUACGAAGCAGACUGCGUAAAGGCGAAUACUCUAGUCCUUUGGACUUCGCAGCAGAUGUGCGUCUUACAUUUUCAAAUUCUAUAGCUUACAAUCCACCUGGAAAUCAGUUCCAUACUAUGGCUCAAGGUAUCAGUAAAUAUUUUGAAACGGGAUGGAAAAGUAUAGAGAAAAAAAUACCUGUGACUAAACCACCAGUCAUUCCCCUAACCAGUUCUGCUUCUCUGGAGUCUGAAAUUCCUUUUGAAGUAGCACCAUUGAGAAACAAAUCAGCUGCAAUGAACGAGAGCAAGCUGAGGGUGGAACCUGCUAAGUUGGUUAUGACAGAUGAUGAGAAGAAAAAAUUAAGCCAGGAUCUGGUGGCGUUAGAAGAAGAGUUCCCACAAAACAUUAGUGAUCUCCUGAGAGAGCAAAGUGGCAGUGAUGGUCAAUCUGAAGAAGUUGAGAUUGAGAUAGAUAUAGAAACGCUUUCUGAUGAAACCUUGUUCAUGGUUCGGAAACUCCUGGAUGACUAUUUAAGGGAGAAAAAGAAAUCCCUGGAAAAGAGCGAACCUUGUGAGAUGGAGAUUGUUCAUGACUCUGGAUUUAGUAAUUCCCCUCUGCAGGCUAGUAAAGGUGAUCUGCAAAUUGACGAGGAUGUUGACAUAGUUGGUGGGAAUGACCCUUCGGUCUCAAGUUAUCCUCCUCUUAAGAUAGAAAAAGAUGCUGCAUGUAGAAAUAAUGAAAGCAGCAGUUCGAGUAGCUCUAGUAGUGAAUCAGGCUCUUCAUCUAGUGAUUCUGAUUCUUGUAGUUCCUCUGGGAGUGAAACAGAUUCCAUUAAAGCUUCAAAACCUACAAGUAGAGAGGAUAAAAAGGAACCAGGAAUUGGUAUAAACAAAAAGGAGGAUGAUAGCAACAGUGAGAAGAUAUUUGUAAAUGAUUCUUUAAAUGAAUUGGGUCAACUUGAGCAUGCUGUUGGGGAAACGUCGACCACCAUGGAUGCAGUAGUUGUCAUUCCAGAUGAGGAGACUGCUCCACCUGAGAUGCAAAUUUCCCCUGAUAAGCGUUACCGCGCGGCUUUCUUGAAGAAUCGUUUUGCUGAUACCAUCAUGAAAGCUCGAGAGAAGGCUCUAAUUAAGGGUGAAAAAGGGGAUCCUGAAAAAUUGAGGAUAGAAAGAGAGGAGUUUGAAAAACGGCUAAGGGAAGAAAAAGUACGGUUACAAGCCGAGGCCAAAGCAGCUGAGGAGGCUAGGAGAAAAGCCAAAGCAGAAGCCGCAGAAAAAGCGAGGAGGGAAAGAGAGCAAGAGAGAGAAGCUGCACGUCAAGCUUUACAAAAGAUGGAAAAGACAGUGGAGAUAAACGAGGGCAUACGGUUUAUGGAAGACCUCCAGAUGCUUAGAGCUACAGGUGUCGAGGGUGAUCAAUUACCAACUACCAUGGAAGUGAUGAGUCCCAAGUGUAGUGAGGAUAUAUUGGGUAGUUUCAAGAUGGAAAGCAACAGUAAUCCAUUAGAACAUCUAGGUCUGUAUAUGAAAAUGGAUGAGGAUGAGGAUGAAGAAGAAGAACCGCCACACUUUAGCCAAAGAGAAGUAAAAGACCAUCCCUUUGAUGGAAGUGAAAAACAGGAACACAGUCCUCACAGAGUAGAGGGAGAGGACCAACUCGUUAAUGGAAAUGAAGAGCCGGCGAGCCAAAAGGCACAUGAUAGUGGGAACCAAGAAGAUGAAAGACCCAUCAGCCCAAAUGAAAGAGAAAAACAACUGGAGAAUAUACCAGAGCAAGAAAGUGGAGUUGACAAGGAAGAGCAAGAAACUGAAGUUAUCGAGAUGAGAGAGCAAGAAAAGGAAGUUGUUGACAUGGGAGUGAAAGAAGUACGUCCCCUUGACAGAAGUGAAAGACGUACACUUAGUCCUCACAGAAAAGAGAGAGAGGACCAACUUGUUAGCGGAAAUGAAGAAUCGGUAAGCGAAAAGGCACAAGAUGAUGGGAACCAAAGAGAUGAAAACCCCAUCAAUCAAAGGGAGAGAGAAGAACAAGUGGAGAAUGUGCUAGAGAAAGAAAGUAGAGUUGAUGACAAGGAAGAGCAAGAAACUGAAGUUGUUGACAUUGGGGAGCAAGAACCUGAAGUUGUCGAAAUGGGAGAGCAAGAAAAUGACGUUGUUGACAAGGGAGUAGAAAAAGAAGUUGCCGUUGACAGAAGUGAAGGACAUACACUUAGUCCUCACAGAGAAGGGGGAGAAGACCAACUCGUUAGUGGAAAUGAAGAACUGGUAAGCCAAAAGACACAAGAUAAUGGGAACCAAGAAGAUGAAAAACCCAUCAAUCAAAUUGAAAGAGAAGAACAAGUGGCAAAUGUACCAGAGCAAGAAAGUAGAGUUACUGAAAAGGAAGAGCAAGAAAAUGAAGAUGUCAACAUGGGAGAGCCAAAAAGUGAAAUUGUUGACAAUGGGGAGGGAGUGCAAAGAACAGAAAUUGUGGAUAAUGGAGAGGGAGAAACUGAAGUUGUUGACAAUGGAGAGGGAGAAACUGAAGUUGUGGACCAGGGAGAGGAAGAAACAGAAGAUAUGGAAGUAGAAAUUGAUUGAAUUAAAUCUUUUUUCCGGGUCUUGUUAAAAGCAACAAGAAGAAAAGAAAAAGUGGGGGAUGAUUCUUAUUAUGCACAAAUUGUGAUGUGGCGUGAAAAAUGAUGGCUAAAGCAAGCAAAAGAAAGUCAAAUCCAGAGACAUCUAGAAGACAGAGAAUGAGUCUGUUUUUCAACCUGACUCUGUUGACAAUGAUCCUAAAUUGAUGAAGAACAAAAAGAGAAAAAAAAAAAAACAUUGUUGCUUAAAGAAAGAUGAUGUCGAAAAGCUGAGUUUGGCAUCAAAGCAGCAAAUUAUGAUAUUGUUGGAAUGUGCAAAGUUUUGUUUUUAAAACUUUUUUAGAAGUAAACUGUACAUGACAAGUUCGUGUUUUCCAUUGAAACGAGACUCAAAA